AUGUUAUCAGUUCAGCAAAAUUAUUCAAGGCUUUUCAGGCCUUGGGAUGUAAGUGAAAAUAAGAACACGCAAGUAGUCAAUACGAGUAUAAAAAGUGAGAAAACUGAGUUAAAAGAAACACAACUCAAGAAGAGGAAAGAAGAAAAGAGGGAAAAUCGACUUAGAAAAAUUCGCAAUUCUUUUAAGAGAACCGACUGUAUUACUAAUAAUAAUUAUCAAGACGCUACCGUCUCUACAACAACGGUGGACUGUGACGAUGACAAAAAAGUUCUAACUCUUUCUAAGGAGCAAUUAGAUGUGAAAGAUUCACCGGUUGCAAGUUUAAGUCUGUGCUGUGAUAGAUUGCUGCAAGAACCAGAUAAAGAAAUAAAAAAUGAAAAACCAAAAGAAAAAGUCACCAGAGCUUUACCCGAUAAUUUGUAUCCACAUAAUAUAUUCCCACAAAAUGCUAUGCCACCUUUAUAUGGUCAUGGAUUGCUGCCUGAAUAUAUGCCCACAGAUAUAGCUCAAACGCUAGGCGUUCCACCAACAGAUCCUCUCUUACUCGAAUCUUUAGCCCAAGGAUACGCAAUGGAACUAGAGUAUGCCAGAAUACUUCAGCAAGAAAACGAGGCUAAGCUUCUAAAUGCAAGGAAACAAAGACCGAAGAAAUAUAAAUGUCCACAUUGCCAAGUUGGGUUUUCUAACAACGGCCAAUUAAAAGGUCAUAUUAGAAUACAUACUGGUGAACGGCCUUUCAAGUGUGAUGAGAAGAAUUGUGGCAAGACCUUUACCAGGAACGAGGAACUGACCAGGCAUAAGAGAAUACAUUCUGGGGUUCGACCUUACCCCUGUCCUGAUUGUGGGAAAAAGUUCGGAAGAAGGGAUCAUUUGAAGAAGCACACGAGGACUCAUUAUCUUCAGGCUGAAAGGAUGAUGCCGGUGUUUGUACCUCUGUCGGCAAUGCCUCAUGUUGGGGGAUUCCCUUAUUUAUACGGCUAUUAG